AUGAGUGACUCCACCAACAGCGUCUCUCCUUCCUCCGAUUACGCCUCCAUCUCUUCCGGCGAUCAGUCUCUUCAGCGGAGUCGAAGGAGUGGAGAUGGAAACCGAGCCAUUGUCCUCGAGUCUCGUCACUGGCACGAUGUGUUCUGGUCAGCCAUCUUCAUGAUCCACAUUAUCUGUCUGGGAUUCGUACUCGCUGUGCUUGGGCUCAAUAGGUUUAGGAUACCAGAUAGGUUAAACAUUGACAGAUACACUCAUGGGUUCUUGGAGAAUCAUAAAGGACUCACCGAGGACUACUGGCCACUCUACGCUGUUGCUGGUGCGAUUGGAGUCUUUAUCAGUUGGAUGUGGUCGUUGCUGCUCGGCUCCUACGCCAAUGAGAUGAUGAAAGUCUCUGUUCACAUCUUGACAACCUAUUUAGCUGUAGUUAGCGUGCUGUGUUUCUGGUGCAGACAGUUCUUUUGGGGAGGUGCAUUCGCCAUUGGAGCUCUCUUGCAGUUCUUGUAUGUUAUUUCAGUUAUAGACAGACUUCCCUUCACGAUGCUGGUUCUGCGGAAAGCGCUGAAGCUGGUUUGGGGGCUUCCUAAGGUGAUAAUGGUGGCGCAUGCUUUCACAGUGGUCAUGCUUUUGUGGAUGUCUCUGUGGUCUUUUGGGGCAGCUGGUGUUGUGGCAUCGAGCAUGGGUGAUGAGGGACGAUGGUGGCUUCUUGUGGUUCUUUCGGUUAGCUUGUUCUGGACAGGCGCUGUGCUGUGUAACACUGUACAUGUUAUAGUUUCUGGGAUGGUGUUUCAUGUUCUGUUUCAAUGUGGUCAACAAGAGGCAUCGUCGUUGCCUCCUAGCACUUUGAUAGGAUCACUUAGGUACGCCGUGACAACGUCUUUUGGGAGCAUUUGUUACGGAUCACUCUUCACUGCUGCAAUUAGGACACUUCGUUGGGAGAUAAGGGGAUUCCGAUCCAAGAUUUGUGGAAACGAAUGUCUGCUUUGCUGCGUUGAUUUCUUGUUUCAUCUAGUUGAAACUCUAGUUCGGUUUUUCAACAAGUAUGCCUAUGUCCAGAUUGGAGUGUAUGGAAAAGGAUUCAACAGAUCAGCGAGAGACGCGUGGGAGUUGUUUCAGUCGACAGGUGUAGAGGCACUUGUUGCGUAUGACUGUUCUGGUGCUGUGCUUCUGAUGGGAACCAUCUUUGGAGGACUCAUCACAGGCUCUUGCAUUGGCAUGUGGGCUUGGAUCAAAUACAGUGAUAGGGUUAUAAUGGUUGCAUCUACGGCUAUGUUGAUGGGAAUGGUUCUUGUGGGUCUAGGAAUGGUGGUGGUGGAGAGCGCGGUGACAUCGAUAUACAUAUGUUUUGCUGAAGAUCCUUUGUUGAUUCAGAGAUGGGAUGCUGAUUUCUUCACUGAGAUGUCUGAGAUGCUUCACCGGCGUCUCCAGCACCGUAGUGCUCGAGCCCGUGAAGUUUUGACGACGACCGCUUGA